AUGAGUGAAUCAAGUAAGCCUCCCUCUAAGCCAGCAGUGUCAUAGCCUUAAAAUCUUAAGGAUACAAAUAAACUCCGGAAUUUAUAGAUUUUCUAUUCUGCAUUCUCAGCUCAAGCAUUUGCAAAGACAUGUGAUGCGCCUAUUGACAGGGUAAAGAAGCUAUUAUAGAUUCAACAUGUCUAUAUUCGUAUUCCAUCUGAUUAGAGAUAUAAAGGGAUGUUAGACUGUAUGUUUAGAGUGUAUCGUGACUAAGGUUUGCUAUCAUUUUGGAGAGGAAAUCUCACUAAUAUAGCAUAAUCAGCUGUAGGAAUAUCAAUAAACAUUAUCUUUAAGGAGUAUUUUAAGAUACUCACUGGAGGAAAUAUGCUUAGACCUAAUCAUAGACAUUUUGUUCGUAAUAUGAUGGCUGGUGGCUUUGGUGGUGUAUUAUCACAAAUUUUUCUUUAUCCAUUUUCAUUUGUUUAAACUAGACUCCAAGCAGAUGUAGGAUCAUCAUCAAGCACUAGAGAGUUUUUUGGGUUUCGAGAUUGUGUCAAGAAGCUUUAUAGGAUAGAGGGUUAUUAGAUAUUUUUCACAGGUCUCACUGUCUCAUUGACUGGAACAUUUGUUUAUCGUUCAUUUUAUUUUGGUCUGCAUGAUUUCUUCUGGAAUUUCAUGUUCUUUGCAAAUCAUAAGCCAAAUAUUCUCACCUAAUUUAGUAUCGGAUCAAUCGUGACAUUCAUAGCAGCAUUUAUUGCAUAUCCAUUUGAUAUCAUAAGACACAGAGUGAUGAUCCAGUAAGGCAGGACUGAAAAGUUAUUCUCAUCAGGCAUUGAAUGUGCGAUGUGGACCAUGAAAAAUGAAGGUCUCAUAGGCUUUUACAGAGGCUUAUUUGUGCAUUAUUUAAAGUCAUAUAAUGGAGCAAUGCUUGGCUUGAUUCUAAAUACGAAAAUAUAAAUAAGUAUUAAUAAGAAAAAGGAGUGA